UACGCCUCUCGUGGCGUGUCAAUGUCACGAUGUUUGACAGCUUUCCAACGUUCCCAGGGAGAAGCUUUCUUGUAUUUAUUGAGACACGAGUCCCCACCUCUUUGCAGGGUCUGAAUCAGUCCCUCACCGCGCAAACAAUUCACCAUAGCGUAGCUAGAAAUACCAUCGUCUUCCCGCAAGCAUCUCCAAAUCCUGUCACACAUUCCACAAGUUUGGCUGUCCCAUCAAAAGGACAAACCUUCCCAUAACGACUUUGAGCCAGAUCUCUCACCACAAAGAAAGAAACAGAUUACCAUCUUCUGACCCGCAUCUCAUCAAACUUUCAAGCACCCCAAGAUGUAUGUCAGCAACUUCAUCACCGCCUUCUCCGCUCUCAUCGCCAGUGCCUCGGCCGCAACCCUUCCCCUCCGAUGGGCCGGCGUCUCAAAUAACGCAGCGACCGCUGAGCGUCGACAAGCCGACGGCAGCGCCACUUAUCCCACGACACCAGGAAACAUCACCUGGGCCGCACAAAACUACAUUUGGGGCUGCUCACCAGGUGGCUGCAGUGCUCGCUUCAAUGUCAGCGCUCCAGCGGGCUACAGCUCCGGCGCGCCCGGCUUCAACGUGGUCUGCAGCCCCAUCUACAUCCAGCAGGGCUGGGUCCCCUGCCUGAAUCCAGACAACAGCCCCUUCGGCGAGGAUUCGCAAGUCUUUACGAUUUGGACGGCCGGCGCGGACCGUGAGCGCAUGUACCUUGGCGUCGAGCACAUUUACAAGCGUCAGCAAGAUGGGCUCACUUGGAAUGCCACUGCCGGAACCGACAUCCUUCCUGUGCAGAACAUGAGCAUCACGUUCCCUGUCAACACUGUCGUAGUUCUUGAGUCUUGAGUAGUUGCGAAUUCGCAACAGCGGUCGGUACGGUCUUCAACUUGCACAAGGCAUGCAUUCAGCAAGGUGUUCGGGUUAUGGACAUUUCAUUCAUGUAAUUAUUUGAUGUACAUCUUAAUGCUUAAUUCUUCGUUUGAGCACCGGGUCUCUGCCUAUCUCGCAGAAAAGGGG